AUGGACCCGAGACGGCUGGCCUCCAUUAUAGCCAUCUUGCUGUUAACGCAUACCAUCGCCUCCGGAGAGGACUGCCGGCCUUCUUCUUGCGGAGAUCUCCGGAACAUAAGCUACCCCUUUCGCCUGACCACCGAUCCUUCCACCUGCGGCGAUCCCCAGUACCAACUCACCUGUGAUCAGAACCGAGCCGUCUUGGAGCUGUAUUCGACCAAGUACUACGUGGAGGAGAUCUCCUACGAGGACCAGGUGGCCCGCGUCGUCCUCGCCGACCUCUCCCGGCAGUCUCUACCCUUCUUGCGUCCGAGCAAAUUCAAGUAUGGAGAUCCCUUCGACAUGAACCGAAGCAGCAACAGCGUCGCGUUCGUAACUUGCCCCGCAUCAUCGGUGGACGAUCCUUCGUUACAUGUCCCCGUCGCUUCUUGUGUCGAUAACUCUUCCUCCUCCAAAGAGUACUUGUAUGCGCUGGCGGGGGAUGCGACGGUGGCAGAUCUUCGGAAGAGCUGCGCUACCGCAGGGACGGUGCCUGUGGCGGGCAUGCUUCGGAAUCGUCCCCAUGCUGUGUCGUGA